AUGAGAAAAUUUGUUGUGUCAUCGAAUAUUCAUUCAUCAGCUUCUCUCUUUCUCAAAUCAGUUUCUCAACAACAAUUUUGUUUCUAUUCACGAGUGAAGAAGGAGCAAGAAACACCAACAAACGUAGAGAAAGAAGAGGGUUCCGUUCCUACAGUGCCAAUUUCAAAACCAAACAGCAUUGAACAACAGGUGAAACAAAUUUUGGCAUUCAACAAUGACGGACAAGUCGCCGAGGCUGUUGAGGCCUAUGGAAAACUCAAGAAGAUGACCAAGCACAUUGACUUGAAAACUAUGAACGCAAUUGUGAGUUCAUUCGCUCCAAAGAGGCUUCUAUUCAAGUGGUUUAAGCCAUACAAGGAUUAUGUAGAUAUGUAUGUAGAGGCUAGCAAGUUCAGACCAAAGGAAAGAUUGGAAGAAGCAAAGAGGGUGUUUUCCGAUAUUUACAAGUAUCACAAUUCACCUGAUGCCAUCUCCUAUAAUGCUCUGAUGAAGGUACAAUUGAGCACGGAUGACGUUUUACAUGUCUUUGAUACAUUCAACGAAUUACAGGCAUCAGGUAUUGGCCAAUCACCCAUGUACAAGGAACAAUUGUUGACCAGCAUGGGUACCCUUUUGAGAGCAUGUUCCAUGCUUGAACAAGUUCAAUUAGCUGAGGAAAUUUACUUCUUCGCUCUGCAAGACAUUAUCAAAGAAAGACUUGGUUACUCUCACGAAAAGCCUUGGACUGCAAGUGAAAGCGUUUCAUACUUGACAUUUUGCAAUACCAUGUUGGAUGUUUAUGCAGAAUCACGUGAUCCAUUUGCUUUCAAGUUUUUCGAGCAAAUGGUUGCAAAUUCAUCGUCAGCUCACUUUUCUAACCAGAAAAUAGAUCAAAAAACACGAUUCAAGAGAUCACCUAAAUUGUUAGGCUCUCUUAAUGGCAUCACAUUUAACACAUACGCAAAGGCCUGUAUAUUUAUGGACCAUAGAAUGAAACUGGUAGAAAUGGCAGAAAGGAUGAGAGUUGAAGGUGUUCUCCAAUCAGAAUUGUCGAAACCAGUAAGACUUGAAAUCAAGCAUGCCUUAGAAACCUACACACAACCAUUACACAAAGUACAUAGAGCCGAGCUUUUAUCUGAGGGCCCACAUGACAUGAUUGCCACUGACCACUUUGCUGACUUGCGAGACUUCCUUAUUAUUGACGUGGACGACGAAAACGCUGCUGCAUGGGGUAGAGAUGUCGAUACUAAGGACUUUAAGUUUAUGAAAUUCUUGAAACCAACUCAUGACAUGUACAAGAUUGAUUUGGGCGACAGUUUCAAAGGUCUUCUCAACCAAUAA